AUGGUGCUCCCCUCGGCCUCCAGACCCUCCUCGAUGACUGCCGUUCCUAAUGGUCACUCCCUGUCAUCAACGAUGAAUGGUGCACAGGACAGGGAUCCCACAAUGGUCGCGAGUGACAGCGAAUUGUCAGAUACUUCCGACGACCGCGCCUCCUCGGAGUCUGCAGAGGAGGACGACGUCGCAGACGAGACUUACGAUGCUCGAAGUCCUGAUCCGGUUGACAGUGACGGCGAUUCGCCAAUCCAGGAUGGAGACGAGCCCCAAGAGCAUUCAAGCCCUGAAAACUCUGCGUCUUCAACAUCCGGCCACGGUAGAAAGCGGAAGUCAUCGGCAGUCGAUGAAACGGAGUUCAUGCGGCAGAAUCCGGACCUCUAUGGUCUGCGUCGGAGCGGACGAGCUCGUACAACGCGUCAGGUUGCUCAUUCAGUGUCUGAUUCAGACUCAGACGAUGUGGCACCGCGUACCAAGCGGCGUCGUCGUGUCGUGUCGGAGCAGUCGUCGAAGAUCCCUUCCCGUUCUGCUACCCAAUCGUCCUUUUCCGAGUCAGAUAGCGAUGAGUAUGGCGGACCUCGUGCUCGUGCAAACCGAACUAGACGGCGUCGUUUGACGCAGACUGCCUCCAGCCGUGAACCAACACAUGCGGAAGUCCGUUUCUCUACAAGAAACGCUUCUCGCGUCUCCAAUUAUAAUGAAGACGAUGACGAUGACGACUUAUUGGAAGAUGAUCCGGAAGAUAUGACACAAAACUACUGGGUCAAUGCGGAAGAGGACGAUCGUCCUGCCGUUGAUUUGGUACUCAACCAUCGUUUUAAGGAAGGCGUCAACCCUAGAGAAUCGAAAGUCAGCCGUCACGACUGUGAGUUUUACAUAAAGUGGCAGGGGAAGUCCCAUUACCACGCAACGUGGGAGACAAUCGACAGUCUAGCCAACUGUCGAAGCACACGUCGUGUUGACAACUACAUUCGCAAAGUCGUCGAGGAAGAAUUGAGACUUAUCAAUUAUGAGGAUAUCGCUCCCGAGGAUAAAGAGAAAUGGAACCUCGACCGCGAGCGGGAUGCUGAAGCGAUUGAGGACUACAAGAAGGUCGAAAGGGUCAUCGGAAUGCGGAAAGGUGAAGACGGCGGAACAGAGUAUUUCGUCAAAUGGAAGCGUCUCUUCUACGAUUCAUGUACUUGGGAGAGCGAAGAACUUGUGAGCAAGAUUGCUCAGCGUGAAAUCGAUCGGUAUCUGGACCGUUCAUCCCACCCUCCCAUAUCCAGCAAGACAGAAUCCAACCCCGCCACCCGGAAACCUUUCGAGACCAUCAAGUCGACGCCAAGUUUCUUGCACAAUGGUGAACUGAAGGAGUUCCAGAUCAAGGGUCUCAAUUUCAUGGCUUUCAACUGGGUCCGGAAUCGGAACGUCGUCCUCGCAGACGAGAUGGGUCUUGGUAAAACUGUUCAGACAGUGGCCUUCAUCAACUGGUUGCGUCAUGUGCGGCACCAGCAGGGACCUUUCGUCGUCGUAGUGCCACUGUCCACAAUGCCCUCCUGGGCCGAGACCUUCGACAACUGGUCUCCUGAUCUUAACUAUGUGGUAUACAACGGCAACGAAGCGGCUCGCAACGUUAUCAAAGAAUAUGAGCUCCUGAUUGACGGAAACCCUAAGCGCCCUAAGUUCAAUGUCCUCCUAACAACGUACGAGUACGUCCUGUUGGACUCUUCAUUCCUGAGCCAGCUCAAGUGGCAGUUCCUCGCUGUCGAUGAGGCACACCGCCUGAAGAACCGCGACUCGCAGCUUUAUGCCAAGCUGUUGGAAUUUAGGUCUCCCGCUAGAUUGCUCAUUACCGGUACACCCAUCCAGAACAAUCUCGCUGAGUUGUCGGCUUUGAUGGAUUUCCUGAAUCCCGGCUUGGUGGAAAUCGAUGCCGAUAUGGACCUCAACUCUGAGGCUGCUUCUCACAAGAUCGCGCAGCUCACGAAAGCUAUCCAACCUUAUAUGCUACGCCGUACGAAAUCCAAGGUUGAAACUGAUCUUCCUCCCAAGACAGAGAAAAUCAUCCGUGUCGAGCUGUCCGACGUCCAGUUGGAAUACUACAAGAACAUCCUCACAAAGAAUUAUGCAGCGCUGAACGAAGGGUCCAAGGGCCAAAAGCAGUCGUUGCUGAACAUUAUGAUGGAGCUUAAGAAGGCGAGCAAUCAUCCUUUCAUGUUUCCUAAUGCCGAAGCUAGGAUUCUUGAAGGCAGCACUCGCCGUGAGGAUGUGCUAAGGGCUAUGAUUACGAGCAGCGGAAAGAUGAUGCUUCUCGACCAACUCUUGGCCAAGUUGAAGCGCGACGGGCACCGAGUCUUGAUUUUCAGUCAAAUGGUCAAAAUGCUUGAUAUCCUUGGGGAUUACAUGGAGUACAGGGGCUAUUCCUACCAGCGUCUGGAUGGAACCAUCGCUGCGGGGCCUCGACGUCUCGCUAUCGAGCAUUUCAACGCUCCUGACAGCAACGACUUCGCCUUCAUUCUUUCAACUAGAGCUGGUGGACUCGGAAUCAACCUGAUGACUGCGGAUACUGUAGUUCUGUUCGACUCUGACUGGAAUCCUCAAGCUGACUUGCAAGCAAUGGCUCGAGCCCACCGUAUCGGUCAGACCAAGCCUGUCAGCGUUUACCGACUUGUGUCGAAGGACACGGUGGAGGAAGAAGUCUUGGAACGAGCGCGGAAUAAGCUCCUUCUUGAAUUUAUCACCAUCCAGAGGGGUGUCACGGAUAAGGAAGCGUCGGAGAUUCAGAGCAAGAUGGCUCGCGGCGGUAUCUCUGUUGGAGAACCGGUUGCAACUGACGAUAUUUCCCGGAUACUCAAGCGUCGUGGCCAGAAGAUGUUCGAGCAGACGGAUAACCAGAAGAAGUUGGAGCAGCUUGAUAUUGAUUCCGUUCUGGCCAAUGCUGAAUUGCACCAGACGGAGCAAGCGGAAGGUAUUCAGGCAGAUGGUGGCGAAGAGUUCCUGAAGGCGUUCAAUUUUGUAGAUAUCAAAGUUGACGACCUGAGCUGGGAUGACAUUAUCCCGAAGGAACAACUCGAGGAAAUCAAAGCAGAAGAGAAGCGCAAGGCUGAUGAGCGCUAUCUUGCUGAAGUCAUCGAACAGAACCGGCCGCGCAAGCGUAAUGCCCCUACCGAGGAGGCACCAGAUAGUCGUGAAGAACGUACAGCGAAGCGCCGGGCGCGAGCACAGGUCAAUGUCGAUGCCGCUGAUAUGUCCGAUACUAAUAACUCUCUUGAUCCUAAACGUCCUCUUGUCGAAAAGGAAUACCGUCAUCUCCUUCGCGCCUUCUUGAGAUAUGGUGCGAUUGAGGACCGUGAGGAAGAAGUCAUCCGCGAAGCCAGACUUAUAGGCCGUGAUAGGGAUACUGUGAAGGCUGCUCUUCGUGAGAUCACUGGCAAGGCUGCGGCAUUGGUGAGGGAAGACACCGAAAAGCUGGAGGCCUUGGAGCAAGAAGGAAAGAUUCCGACAAAGAAGGAGAAGAAAGCCGUCCUCUUUGAUCUUCACGGUGUUAAGCGCCUGAAUGCGUGGACCAUUGUCGAGCGCCCUGGUGAGAUGCGCAUGCUACGACAACUUACGUCUGCUCUUCCUGAUCCUAAGAAUUUCCGUAUACCCGAGGCAACAAAAGGCGCAGACUACACCUGCGAAUGGGGCGCACGCGAAGACGGCAUGCUGUGUGUUGGCAUCGCCCGCCAUGGCUAUGGUGCUUGGGCACAAAUCCGUGACGACCCAGAUCUGGCGCUCUCCGACAAGUUCUUUUUAGAAGAGCACCGCGUGGACAAGAAGAGCGAACGCCAGAAUGGCGAGAAGACUACCAAGUCUCCCGGUGCGGUCCAUCUUGUACGUCGGGCUGACUAUCUCCUCUCCGUGCUCAAGGACAAGUUGAGCAAUGGCACUAGCCUAGCAGCUAAGCGGGCUGUCGAGAACCAUCACCGCAACAACAAGAAGAAUGGGAUGCGUCACCAACAUAGUGGUAGUAUGUCGGCGUCGCCUGCACCUCCUAGUGGUCGAAAGGGCGCUAGAGAACAUGAGAAAUCGCGACACCGUUCUCAAACCCACGGAAUUCGAGAUAGUAUGGAACGACCGAACACUCCCAGGAGCGAUGCCCGCCCCAGAUCUGGAUCUGAUGCAGAGCGGGUUCGUAAGAGAGCCACAAAUGGGUCGGCUGAAGAAAUGCGUCAUCGCAAGAGUGACGACAAUGGCUCUUCCAGCCAGGAUGAUAUGUUUCGCAUGCUCUUCAAGCCCAUCCGAGACAAGUUGAAGCGGAUGGCAGGUGUUACAAAGGAAAACUAUCCCAGCAAGGCUGAACGUGCCUUGCAGCUCAAGAACCUGCUGCGCUCAGUUGGCGAUUUCAUCGCCAAAACGCUGGAAGGGGAAUCCAUGGCUUCUCUCGAGGACCGUCUCUGGGGUUACGUCGCCGAGAAAUACUGGCCCAACAAGGAAGUUGGGACCGACAAAAUUCGGGAUAUGUACCGAAAGGUGGCCGCUGCUGAGAAGGCCCCCGCGAACGGGGCCUAG